ACUCGGCCGAGGCAGAACAAAACGGUACGCUUUAAAUGGCACAACUGUCGACAACAGCAGCAGCAGAAGCAUGUUCGCUUCGACAUGGUACUGUACCCAUUGUCAAGCAGCCUCAACUAACGUCAAACAGCUGUCAAAGCCGUUUGUUUAUUUUCAUUUUUGUGGACAUAAAUUUCGGGAUGGACGCGCCAGCCAGCACAGAAUCUCAUCCAAAAAAACGCCCCAAAGCAUCGAAAAAGCCGCAAAGUUCCUCGAAAGGUGAAUCUACCAAAGACCGGGCACCCAAAUUCCAAUCGGCAAGAAGUGUGUUCAAUGCGUUUCAGAAGCAUGGUGCUCAAAACACGGAGGAAAUUGAAAAGACCCUACAAAAACUGGUAUCACCGGACGCUCUGGCAAAGUACGUGAACGAGUUUGCCACCAUGAGUGAGGAAAAUGUGUUGGACAAGAUGAAAAACAGUCCGGAAUUUGUGCAGUGUGCGUCGUGGAGCGAAAUUCUCGAUUCGGUCGGGUUUCGCGAGACGUGCAACAACGAGUUACCGCUGGCGCUGCAAAUCAUUGCUCACACGGAGCAUUUUCCCAAACCAGAAAAUGCAAACGGUGUUGAUUUUCAGCUGCUGUAUCUGAACCUGGCCAGCAUGAUGAUGGGGCAACCGAUACGGGUUAUGAAUCAAAGUACACAGGAUGCACUGAAGAAGGUAUAUGAGGAAACCGUGUUGCAAACGUCCAGGGCGGAUCAAAAGGAAGAGAUAGCCAUACUACACGAGACACUGAAAACGAUGCGCAAUCCGGUACAGUCUAAUGAACAGAAUAGAAUUGUGGACGACUUGAGGCGGUUGUUUGCCGACCCGAACAUAAACCCUUUCCGCCUUCCGAUUAAUCAGAUAUGUUCGAAUAACCCGUAAGCAUAAAGAAUAACACGCUGGUAGAACUUUUUUCGGAAAUAAACAUGCAAAACCAUUGCAA